AUGGGUGAACAGCACUAUUCUAUAAUUUCGGUUAAAGCAGAUGUUUUUUGUGUAACAAGUAAAAUUGUGUGUGAAGUGUGGAUUUCGAACUUCGUCACGAUUCACAAAUAUAACACUAAACGAUGGCGACCAAAUCGUACAGCAAACACAAGGAAUACAAAGAAUAUUCUAGCAGCAGAGGCACUGUGCCUUACACAGACGAACAACUCGGAAGCAAGCUUGACUCACUCGGCAGGGGAGGGAGGCACGAGGGAGUACCACUACGAGUACAAGGAGGAGAAACUACCCACCGGGAAGUAUGACAGAAAAGACUUUCACACUGUUGAAGAGUACACAAUACCAGCGAAGACCAAGCCUAAAGCCUCAGAGAGUAGUUCUUAUUACUAUGAGAGGGAAGAAAGGGAGCUACCGCUAGUCACAGGAACUAGAACUUACAACUAUGAGACUACUAGUUCUACACCUGGUUAUUCUAAAGUUAAAACGUCAAAAGCGACCAAGGAAAUGACACAGAACGUUGAGGAGCUGGAUUCUCUUCUGGAUGACCUGCAGAAAGACCAGGAGAGGCAGUUGUAUAAAAGUGGUUACACAUCAGACACAGCCGAAAGUACAUCGUUCGACUACCGGCGAGGAACUCCAGCUAAAGCGCCGUCUAGCGGCUACUCUACUCUAAAACACGAAGAGAGAGUCGAGAACUCCUCAUGGGGUACUAGUCCACCCCCUCCCCCCGCUAUCACACGCGCUGCAGAGGUGCGACAAGAGAUGUAUAGAGAAGAAAAGACAGAGUCCCGGGUGGUCCCAUCACAAAUUUCACCAGCGAUACCUCAAGCUGUUCCACCGACUAUCUGCGCGAAUUGCCACCAUGUGCCCGCCACAGGAACUCUCUCCCGAUCCAGCACCCCCAUGAACAAAGUGACAACGACCGUGAAGACGUACACAUACGAAGUACCAGCAGACCAGGACCCCACCACUGUGCCAUUACCAUCAGUCGCGGACCACCACCACAAAUAUGUGUCUGAAGAACAUCACAAUACUACAACUAGCACAAGUGGGACCCUGCCCCGCGUCGUCCCCUCUCCAAACCCAAUUGGCGGUUGCCAAUACUGCUCCCAUUGCAACUCCACUAUCAGGGAAUAUCGCACACAUACCACAGAUCACACUAACGAGCGUAUGAUUUACCCACCUCCGGCCAACGACACGAAGCUCUUGCACCCCGAACCGCAAAAUGGACAUGGCCCAUAUGGUCCAACAACAUACAAGUACUCGGAGACGAGCUACUCCAGCCAGAACACUUCUCAGCGGUUCCCAUCCUCUCCAUCGCCGUCUCAGCCUCGUUCGCUCUCGCCCCCCUCCGCGUCUCCAGGUCCCUUCCCCCGCCCUUCAACCCCCUCGAACACCCAGCAACCCCCGAAGAAGCUAGAUGAUCUGUUGGCAGAUUUCCCUGAAGCGCGUUUCCCAACACAACCCGACGGUUUGACACAGCGCAAAGUGGAGGUGUCACGUGAAACGCAGUCAUCAGCACUGACAGCUGCUAAGUCUCCACCAAUCGGGAGCAGCAAGAAUGUGGCAGGGCCAGCCGUGUACUACCCCCCAGGACACACGCCCUUCGCCAACAAAGACUCAGGAUAUCAGGCUAGUGCCAUGCAAGCUGGUGGAGGUCAAUACGCCUCCGGCCGCGCCAUGUACGAGUACGAAUCGGGGGCGAAGUCUCGCGAGAAACGCAGCGAGAAGAAGACCGCUGUGCCCAUUUGUCUGCCGCUGUGCUGUGCCAUGCCGUGUGUCAUAAUGUGA